UGCCAAUCUGUUAUUUAUAAUCUCUAUGGUUUUUUUGGGUUUCUGUUUCUCUUUGAGUCUUUGUAUUUCUUCAAAGUCUGUGUUCGUAAUUUGUCAAAAUGAUCGUAUUCUUGGACUAGAAGCUCCUAAAGUGAUCCUGAUUCGUCGUAGGUGAUCAACGUAUGAGAAAGCUGAAGUUGUUUUAACAAGGUUUAUCGACGCAGACAAGUACAAAAACAAAGACAUACGGCUUUGGGCUAGUCGUGGUAAUACACACUAGACAAGACCAGAUUGUCGAAGGUUUUAAAUCUACAUUUCAGUCCAUCUGUCCGUUAUCCUUCCUGAGAAUUUUGCCGGACCAUGUAGUGGAAUCAUCGUUUGAAGAUUUGAGAAGUAAUUCGCAAUGUCUAUUACCAUGGCUUCUGUCGAUCUGCAAGAAAGCGCAAAUUUUAUAAGAUUCAGUAAACUUUUAGUUGACAAAGGAACUGAGGCUUUGAGAAAUACAUUUGAUACCAUCCAUCCACCUGUUAGUCAACCCGGAGUACUGGCUGCAAACAAAACAUCUCUUCAAAAGUUAAAACCUCGAGUUAUUAAUAAUUCCCAGUGGGAUUUACUGUUUCCUCCGUCUGGCAACCCACAAGAUUCCAAAACCUUUGAUAUCACAUUACUUACAGUUCUAUUGCGGAACAUUUGUGGUUUUCCAUCAACAGGAUGGAGUGUAAUGCCUCCGGAUGCUGAUAGGUCAAUGCAAGCAAAUAUCACAAGAAUCAAGUGUUACAGAAAUGAAGUCUACGCACAUGUAACAUCCACUCGAGUUCACAAUUCAACAUUUGAGUCUUUAUGGAAGAAAAUAUCCCAGAUAUUGGUGGAUUUAGGAAUUUCGCAGAGUGAAGUCGACGAUUUAGAAAAAUGUCCUCUAGGGCCUGAAGAAGAAGUGUAUGUGCAAAAGCUUAAAGAUUGGAAACUGCACGAAGAUGAGUGUAUUAAAAUGCUUGCAACAGUGACACAAAUCGUUGAAGAAACCCGCGAUAGAGUAAAUCUACUGUGCCAGUCUUUGUUGAAGAAAAGUGACAAUGAGAUCCCGCAAACUUCCCUCAAGCGCACGCUAUCAAUACCCGAGGACACAAAUCCUGAAAAAAAAUCCCGCAGCGAAAGUGAUCAAGACUUAUUGCAAAAACUUGCUAAGCAUAAUUUUAGAGGUAAAAUUAAAAGAACAGUCAAUUUUUUUGUUCCUAGAACAAGAGAGUGGUUGUUAGAGGAAAUUAACGAGUGGUUUCAAAAGUGUGACAGCGAUUCGAGAGUAAAGUUAAUAACAGCUGGACCAGGAUUUGUGAUUCAAACCUAA